AUGAGCGAGCUGCAGCCGACUCGACUCAUUUCCUGCAUCCUUUCACUCGCAGUGUCAACCUGGCCGUUGCAACGUGCGCUACACUUCAGGAUGGACUUAGACUUUAAGGAUGCCUUUUGGGGAGGAAACUUUAUCAGUAUCGCUGGCUACGAGGCCAUCAUCCACAGGCUGAACGACGGUCGGCGGACGUGCAAAGACAUGGAAGACUUGUUGAAAAUGAGGGCGUCAGCGGAGGAGAAGUAUGGUAAAGAAUUGGUCGCCAUCUCACGCAAGGUUGGGGGUGUCUAUGAGAUCUGCACGCUGAGAACAUCCAUUGAUGAAGUGAAAACACAAAUGGAAAUGAUUGGCAACUUGCACAUUCAGCUGUCUGUCCUGCUGAAGGAAGAUGCCAGGAGAAUCGAGCAGUUAAGGGAGAACCAGAAGGAGCAGAGGAAAAAGCUGGAAGUCAUCAUGGAGAAAGUCCACAAGACCAAAGUCUCCUUCUACAAGAAAACUAUGGAAUCGGAGCGACACUAUGAGCAACGCUGCAGAGAAGCCGACGAGGCCGAGCAAACAGUCGAUAAGAUGAGCAACUCUUCCACGGUCACUCCCAAGCAAAUGGACAAGCUGAGCAACAAAUCCAGACAGUGCAAAGAAGCUGCAGAGGAGGCCGAGAGACAGUACACAUCCAACAUUAAUCAGCUGGACUAUAUCCGUCAAGAAUGGGAAUCAACGCACAGCAACACGUGCGAGAUGUUUCAGCAGCAGGAAGAGGAGCGUCUGAAAGUCCUGAGGAACGAGUUGUGGGUGCAUUGUAAUCAUUUGUCCAUGCAGUGUGUGCAGGACGACGAGUGCUACGAGAACGUGAGGAAAAUCCUGGAGAAGUGUGACAUCAUCACGGACAUGAACGGCUUUGUCGGACUCAAAGGCACCGGCUCAAGCCGUCCUGCGCCCAUUGAAUACCAAAAGUACGAGAGUACAGGUGCCAGAAAUGGAAGCACGGGACUUGUUGGCGAAGUCAUGAAAAAGUUUUCAAAUCUUCUUCAAGGGACCUCUCUGUCUGGCUCCACUAUGAACAUUCAUGACGAGCCAGGUGAACAAAGUACAGGUGAAACACCUGACGGAAUCUACGCCGCCAUCCCUGGGAGUCAGGGGUCCCAGAUCAGUGGGCAGUACAGGGCGCUGUAUGAUUACGUGGCCCAGAGAGAUGAUGAGCUCUCCUUGUCUGUGGGCGACAUUGUGCUCGUCAAAGACCAGGGUGAAGACGGCUGGUGGACGGUGCAGAUGUGCGGCCAAACUGGGCUGGUCCCAGGCUCCUACCUUGCCAAAGAAUGACUUUUUCCAUAAUGGCACUAAAACGUAAUUAUUUGUAAAUAUUCUUAAAAUAUCACAUUGACAUAGAAUCUUUUGUAUGCAAGCUGAUUUUCUAUGGAAUUCCCUGCAAGAAAAAACGGAAUAAAUUCACGCCACUUC